AUGGAUUAUCCCGAAGGGCUCGACCCCUAUACCGCGAGACAGAAUUUGCUACAUCAUAGUUUCUCGCCGUUGAUUUCGGUAGAGUCGUCGUAUAAUGCGGAUGUGAUGUUGCAGACGGCGUUGAAGGAUGAUAGCACAUCAAUAUUGCUGAUCUUGAAAGCAUACGGCAACAAUGCCAAGUACCACAUACCGAACCAAGUUUUCCGGAUAACAAAUACACAGCUUAUAACCAAGAGUUAUCCCAGCUUUCCAGUGCGGUUCGAGCCGUCGCUACCAGAGUUAUUGUCGGUGAUCAAUGCUUCGUGGAGCACCACGACCGGGUCAGGCAACUCAGGAAGCCGUGUAGGGACUAAAAUGCCCCAGUUGUUCAGCAUUUCGUCAUUGGAGAUGUUGUUGAAGCACAUGGCGUCAUGUAAGACUCACCAACAUGAUUUGUAUGUGAAUUUUUUCAAUAAGAUCAUCACGUCGAACAAGAUAGUUCCGUUUGAGACGUUCAACCAUCCGAUUUCGCAGGUGUUUGUGAUUGACUUUCACACUGAUACUAUAGAUGGCUUGCGGAAGUCGAUAGUGGAGUUUCGAAACUUUAAUUUCCCAAAGUAUUUCCUGAUAGACGAUCUAUUGAUGCACGUCUUCAUCCUUCACGAUCCACAAAAAACAUCCGAUAGCGAUUUGCUAAGCUUUCAGAAUGAGAUUAAAUCCCAGCUAAGUACACAGACCACAUGUAUACCGAUAGAAGGACUGCUAGGUGAUGUCACAGAGGAGGAAUGUGUACAAUUAUUCAAAAACGAAAACUCCACAAUUGAGGAAGAUUUACAGCGCAUUUCUUUGCAACAGACUUCCAAGAUUCAAACAAUAGAGAAAGACUUCUUAAAUAUACCGAAGCAGGUCGAUUUGGUAAUUCGAACUAAAGUAUUCGAGUAUAUCAACCGAUUUUUAAUACCGCAUAUGGAGAAAAAAAUAAGGAUUUGGGACGAUCAAAUAUUAGCACCUAAAAAAUCAAUUGCUGGUAGGUUUUUUUCUGUUUCCAAGAAGCUUUUUAAUAAUAAUGAUUCGCCAUCUAAUCAAAGCUCAAAUUCAUCUUCAGAAUCAUCAUUCAAUUAUAACGAGAAUUAUUAUCACAAGCAUUCUGCAGAACAGAAAAUUCGUAAAUUGGCAGACUGGUCAUUGAUACUAAAGGAUUUUAAAUAUGCAUACUCAACCUAUGAAUUGAUCAGAAAGGAUUAUACCAAUGAUAAGGCAUGGGUUUAUGUUGCAUCUACUCAGGAAAUGUGUAUUGUAUCGUUGUUGUUGACCCAAACCCAGCAAAUUAACCAAACUACAAUCAGACCAGAUAGAAAUACAUUAAGGAAAAUCAGACAUGAUAUAAUUGAGCCUUAUUUGGAUAACUUGUCAUAUACUUUUAAGUCAAGACUAAACUUGAGAAGUUAUAGUAUUAAAACUUUGUUGGUUAUUAUUGAAUUGCUUCUUUGCAUGUGUUCCACAUUCAAUAUUUCUUGGUGGUGGAAUGAUUUAAUCGAAAAAUACCUUUGUAAAUGCAUUAAUGAAUUCGAUAGUCAUUUGAUAGGUAAUAAUCAAAAUCUGCAAGUAAUAAGAGCUUUAUUAUACGAGAGAUUAGGAUAUCAUUUUGGCAAAUGUAUUUUAUUAAACGAGCAAAAUAGAAGCUUGAUUGAUACAUCUAAAUUAGAGACAAGCAAAGAGACGAGAAAAGACAUGGAGAAUGAAAUAAACGAGAAAAAUGAUGUGAAAAAAGAGGAUGGAGAGGACAACAAAGAAGAAGGAUAUUACGUCAAUCAUAACAAAUUACCGAUAAAUAAAAAUAAUAACAUUGUGGGAUUAACGAGAUUCAGAAAAUCUUCAAUAUGGUAUUUAUUAUCCAUUAAAGAAUGGCUAAUACUAGAAAAUUAUAAUCAAAUUGAGUACUUGAUACAGAAUAUUAGAUACAAUUACAAUAUUAAUGACUUUACUAAUGAAUGGUAUGAUAGAAACGAUUUACUAUUGAGUUAUGUUAAAAAUUGUUUGAACGAGCAUAAUUUAAAUGAUACUCAGGAUUCGUGA